UCAUUUUAUAUAAGAUCGCUCAUGAUGUUUCAAAUGUUGCAGGCUAAUAGUGAUGAAGUUAAGAUCAGUGAGAUCUACCUGCAUGCAGGAUUAAAAUUUUUGAAAGGUGCAUACCUGCUAGAGUGCCUCACAAUUCCAAUAACGAGACCAAGGAAUGCUCUAGUUGCAUUUCGUAGCUACAUUGAUGCAGCAAAUCUUUUCAAGUACUGUGCGGGAACUAAUGAGAAGAAUGGAAAAACUGAAGUUACUGCUCUUGCAUACAAGUGCAUGGAGGUGGCAUACUUAAGAGUUGCCUUUGCACUGCAGCAUGUUUGUUCAAGUAGCCAAAGUACCUUAUAUAAGGGAGAUACCGGGAUGUCAUGGAAUUUCGAACCAAAGAAUAAUAAUGCAUCUCAUCUAAAGCAGCUCCUCAUGAUUUCGGUGCAUGUUACUGCUGCAAUGGAUACAUCCAUGAGAUCUCACUGUGCUCUGGAACAUGCUAUCAAACACCACUCUUGCACUGACGGACAUGAAACCGGGAGCUGAGUCGUUCGCCUGAUCACAUUCUCACUGAAGAAUGUAGGGAUGUAGCUAGAGCACCAAUUUAAGAUCUGAAAUAUUAAAAAGAAAGUGUAUGGUGUUCAUUUUUGUAUUCAUUUUAUUUUUUCCCCUAUUUUUGUAUUCAUUUAUUCUUUCAUUUGAAGUUCAACAUAAAGUUAUCCUUUUAUCUGAAACUGGAAUUUAUGGAAUGUUUUCCUUCCUG